CUUAAAAAAACACACUCAAUUACACACACAAAUACACACAUCAAAACACACAGUUAGCUAUGGCUACCACUUCAUCAACAUGUUACACAUCUCCGGUCAACACCGGAAUAUUCUCAAAGCAUCAAACGAUUCUACCUCCGUCGAAUUCUUUCGUCACGUGCUUCACGAAACGCUCGCCGCUUUCUCUCCGGUCGGUACGACGGCAGGUGGUGGUUGCGAAUGCCGCGAACGCCGUAGAAGUUGAGAAACCGGCGGUGGCGAAUACUCCGGCGAAGGUUUUACCGUUUAGAGUCGGUCACGGAUUCGAUUUGCAUCGAUUGGAACCUGGAUAUCCUCUCAUCAUCGGAGGAAUUAAUAUUCCUCAUGAGAGAGGUUGUGAAGCUCAUUCCGAUGGUGACGUGCUGCUACAUUGCGUUGUUGAUGCAAUUUUGGGUGCUUUGGGUCUACCUGACAUCGGGCAGAUCUUUCCGGACAAUGAUCCCAAAUGGAAAGGAGCGGCAUCAUCCGUUUUCAUCAAAGAAGCCGUGAGACUGAUGGAUGAGGCUGGUUAUGAGUUAGGAAACUUGGAUGCCACUUUGAUUCUUCAAAGACCAAAACUAAGCCCUCAUAAAGAAGCCAUUCGAGCCAACUUGUCAUCGCUCCUAGGUGCAGACCCUGCGGUUGUGAACCUAAAAGCUAAAACCCAUGAGAAGGUAGACAGCCUUGGAGAAAAUAGAAGUAUUGCAGCUCACACAGUCGUCCUUUUAAUGAAGAAGUAGGAAUAAAAUAUACAUCAAUCUUCAGUUGUAAGAUUAUACCUGCAACAAUCGUAUCAUUGUAUCAAGAUUCAUAAGGGGGAUAAACAAAUAAUAUAUAAUAUAUUCUAUAUAAGGUGUAUGUAA